AUCAAACUCUUCUUUCAAGCUCAGCUGCUCAUCAACAAGAAAAUGAAAAAUAUGUCUCUGCUAUCUUCCCGUCAGCAACGACAACGUCUUCACAGAAGAUGCGGUCUUCAAAUAUUUUGUGUUUGGAGGUUGUACCUGUUUAUUUGCUCUUUCCUUGACUUAAAAGCCGUCUACUGUCUACCAGCGACCACGGAACAAAGUGCCGAACAAGAACAAAUAAGCGCUUACAGGACGUGGGCUACCGGGAAAAGCUUGGUCAUAUUCGUGGGUGUUGGGUCCCAGGCAGACCGAUCGCGCAUCGUCGUACGAAACUGGCGAUUGUUGAAAGCCGCGGCAGGACCAGGACCUCGUUCUGCUAAGCCAGUUCUACAGGAUGAAGCUGAAAGAACGUCCGGGAAGCAUACGACAGCAGAAAGGGACGAAACAUCCACGUUCUUAGGACCUAACGUGGAAUUAGAUUGCGUCGUAUUAGCCUACACAUCCGAUCUACCAGUUUCUUUUCGACAUCAGGUGGGUCGCGAUUGUGCUGUCCACAUUUUUGAGAACCUGGACUAUGUCAGUCUCUUGAAGGAAAUCAAGCCUACAACAACGACUACGACUGGUCUCUUUCCAAUGCACCACUACGAUUAUCUCUUUUUGGUGUUGGACGACGUCGAAUUAGCACAAGGCAAAAAUCAUGUGCGCCAAAUGUUUAGACAUGCGAAGGAAGCGGAUUUAGACGUGUUUUCCACGGUAAUCGAAACCGGGAAUUGGCAUCCUGUGCACCGUGGUCCUUUAGCUUUAAGCAGCAGUGCUGCUGACAGUGAUGCUGUAGCUAAUGAGCGAAAUGAUGCUCCUGCUGAGCGAGGAGAUGCAGGAAAAACGCUUGCAGUUGCACCGUUGAAGCUUGGCGAUUCAUCAAAACACAAGGGGCGACUAACAAAAUUCGCGGAGAUACAGGCAAUCGCAUACAGACCAUGGGCCUGGGCUUGCCAGUGGCGAUUGUUAGAGCCGUGGUUGAAUCCGUCCGGCUGGGGACAUGAUCGGUAUUUCUAUGACUUCUGUAAUCCGCGAAAGAAACACUUUCAAGACACCUUGAUAGGAGAAGCUCAAGCGAAGUCCGACGAAUUAUUCAAAGUUCCCGCUGUUUCGCAAAAAGAGUACGAAGACUUCAUACGCGAAGCACUCUAUAAUGGAGUUAACUUCGCUGCAGGGACAGACAUUGACAUAGCUACAGGUGCCGCGGAGGUUGAUGACAAGAUUAUAUCGGAGUCGCAUGGGUUACAGGCUUUGCAAAAUCGUCGGGACGAACUUUGCGGAAUCUCGUCUUCGCUGGCAGUAGAGGCAGACACACAAGAUCAUCAAGAGCUGCGAAUAGGUAUCUUCGACAUUUUCAGAGUGCGACAUCUAAGUAAUUUUGGGAAUACGACCAAGUCAAGUCUUGCCGGCGACUCUGCACAGCGGAAGAAGCAACUAGUGAGAACAGAGAUGUUUUUCGCUGACAUACUGGGAUGUCCUCGACUGUCGGAUAGGGCAUACUUGAAUACGUCGUUUGGGGUCUUCUAGCAGUAGCUGGAUUUCAUCUUGUAUAUUUAUCCUGGACGAUCUCAUUUUCCAGUUAUAUGUCGCGCACGCGUCAAAAGAUACCUCCAGAACAGGUAAAUGAGUGAAUGAAUGAAUGACCUGGCAACAAGCUGCACAGCAACCCGAUUACAGCAAGCGGUGCACAGCAAUAGGAAUUCUGGUUGAGCAUACUCAGAAGAAAGUACUACCGAU